AUGUCUCACAGACUCUUUAUCCUCGUCUACAGAGGCGAUCCCCUCGAUUACAGCGAAUACCGACACACGGCUCUGUACGUGCAAUUCGCAUCACAAAAACGCAGUAUCCUACAUAUCCUAGGUACCCAGGGUCUCUACAGAUAUGUGGAAUAUCCUGGGGCUGAUCCGAUGGAACUUGGGGAUUUGGUGCGUGCGGUGCCGGUGACGGAUUUGUCGGUCUCCGUUGAGGAAGAUGACAUUCGGGAGACGGUGGCACGAACGCCGGUGCGCAAUGGGUAUUUGGAUUUGGAGUGGAACUGCCAGCACUGGGUGGGGGAUGCCUUGGCCAGAUUGGUGGACAGAGGUUGGGUCGCAGACACGGAGCGGGCGGAUGCAAUCGAUAAGAUGACCGAUGCUUGCUUGGAGGCCCGUGAUGACCAGCUGCUCGAUGCUCAGUGA